GCGGCGGGUGGACACCCGGCGGGGGCCCAGCGCGGGGCCAGGUGGAGACCCGGGGGCCGCGAUGGGCCGCCGCCGCCUGCCGGUCUGGCUGUGCGCCGUCGCGGCGCUGCUCUCGGGGGCGCAGGCCAAGGGCACCCCGCUCCUCGCUCGGCCCGCGCCGCCCGGUGCCUCCCGCUACAGCCUCUACACGACGGGAUGGCGCCCGCGGCUGCGCCCGGGGCCGCACAAGGCCCUCUGUGCCUACGUUGUGCACAGGAAUGUGACCUGUGUCCUACAGGAGGGAGCAGAGAGCUACGUAAAGGCUGAAUACCGGCAGUGCGGAUGGGGGCCCAAGUGCCCUGGGACAGUCAUGUACCGCACGGUGUUCAGACCCAAAUACAAGGUGGGCUACAAGACAGUGACAGACCUCGCCUGGCGUUGCUGCCCCGGCCUCACUGGAGAAGGCUGCCCCGAGCACCUCACAGACCACGGGGCCACCCCACCUCAGCCGGAGCCUGAGCCCCAUAUUCCCUCAGGGCAGGUGGGCUCAGGCCCCAGGCCCCUUCCUUCUAGCAGAGCAGCCCCCAUCCCCCACGGAAGGAAAGGCCCAGGGCUGUUUGGUGAACGGCUAGAACGCCUCGAAGGUGAUGUCCAGCGCCUAGCACAAGCAUAUGGUACCCUCAGUGGCCUGGUGGCCAGCCACAAAGACCCCAACAGGAUGACCAGUGGCCCCAGGGCUCCUGCCACCCCCGUGGGCUUCGGGGUCAUCCCCGAGGGGUUUGUCAAUCCUGGAGACCGAGCUGGGGGACCGCUCACACCACCCCUAGACGAGAUCUUGAGCAAGGUGACAGAGGUGAGCAACACACUCCGGACCAAGGUACAGCUGUUGGACGAGGUACACGGGCUGGCCCUCAGCCACGAGGCCCACCUACAGCGGCUGCGGGAGGCCCCCCCAUCUCCACUCACCUCCCUGGCGCUGCUGGAUGAAUAUGUGGACCGACGUCUGCACCAACUCUGGGGGAGCCUGCUGGACGGCUUCGAGCAGAAGCUGCAGAGUGUCCAGAGCGUGUGCGACCUGCGGGUGCAGGAGGUGCGGCAGCAGUGUGAGGAGGGCCAGGCGGCCAGCCGGAGGCUGCACCAGAGCCUGGAUGGCCGGGAGCUGGCCCUUCGCCGGGAGCUCUCACAGCUGGGUACCCGGCUGCAGGGCCUGAGUGUGGCUGGCGGGGGCAGCUGCUGUGGCCAGCUGGCCUUGAUCAGUGCCCGCCUAGACAGCCUCGAGAAGAACCUGCAGGCAGUGUCCGAGGCCCAAAGGGGCCACAGCCCCCCUGAUGGGGAUGACCUCACACGGCUCUCUGCUGCCAUGCUUGAGGGGGGUGUGGAUGGGCUGCUGGACGGCUUGGAGAUGGUCAAUGGGACAGAGGGCGGAGCCAGGGGCUGCUGUCUGGGGAUGGGGGAGGAGGGAUGGGGGAUGCGUGGCUUCCACACCAUGCUGGAAGAGCGUGUGCAGAGACUGGAGGAACGCUUGGUGACACUAGCUAGGGAGCUGAACCAUGACAGCGCCCCUCCAGGCAGGCCGGCUCGACCCCUUGUACAGACGGAGCUGGCUGUGCUAGAACAACGGCUGAUUUCGCUGGAGACCUCAUGCACCCCCAGCACCACCUCGGCCAUCCUGGACAAUCUUGUGGCCGAGGUGAAGUCCUGGCAGAGCCGAAGCGAGGCCCUCCUACGCCAGGUGGCCAGCCACGCAGCCCUCCUCCGGCAGCUCAACGGCACCAUGGCUGACGUCCAGGGACAGCUGGCAGAAGCGACGGGCAGCUCCCUCCAAGGCGAGAUCACCCUGCUUAAGGUCAAUCUGAACUCUGUGAGCAAGUCACUCACAGGCCUCAGCGACUCUGUCAGCCAGUAUUCUGAUGCCUUCUUGGCCGCCAACAUAUCCCUGGAUGAACGGGAACGUAAGGUGGAGGCCGAGGUCCAUGCCAUCCAGGACCAGGUCAGCAGCCAAGGCUCGCAGCUUCGGGCCGGUCACCGGCAGGUUCUGAGUCUGCGAGGGGAGCUGGAGCGACUCAAGGCCAGUGUGGCCGACGUGGCUGGUGGGCUGAGCCGCUGCCAGGACACGGCCCAGGAACUCCAGCACGCAGUGGGCCACUUCAACCAGAGGGUGGCCCAGGUGGAAGGCACCUGCGGGAAGCUGGGCCUGCUGGCUGCAGGCCUGGGUCGCCUGCCUGCCGAGUCACUGGGGCCCAGGGAGGGCCUGUGGAGCCACAUGGACCAACUGAAUCGCACACUGGCCCAGCACACAAAGGACAUCGCCCGCCUCCGGGAUGACCUGUUGGACUGCCGGGCCCAGCUGGCUGAACAGGUGCGGCCAGGGAAGGCCAACUAGGUGGGCUGGACAGGACCCAACCCCCAGAUCCCGUCAACCCUGGGGACCCUCCCCGAGAGCCCAGCCUUGCCCAGCAGUGCCUCCCCGCCUCCCCUGGCCAGCGCGGAUGCCAUUCCAGAGGGCCCUGAAGGAACAGUCUUGUUCCAGCGCCACCUGACCAGGCGCCAACAUCCACGCUCAUUGCUGUGCCAACUCGACAAUUCAGGAGAGUGAUCAAGGUCAGCAUGUCACCCUGAAGGCCGGGGUGGCCCCAAGAGACCUCACAACCUAGUCUGCAAAUCGUUCUUCUGCAGACACACCAGUUGGCACCCAGGUAGAGACCCUCAGGUCCCUUCUCAGCGGCCUGUCCACAUCUCCCUUUGCCCACGGACAACAGUCCCAAGCCUGUGGAGGCUUCUGGUCCCCCUGUCUCCUUGGCUUUUCUUCUCAGCCAUCUGGGCUUGGUUUCUGCAGGAAGGUGGUGCCCACUGGCACUGUCCUUCCCCUGACAGCUUCGAGGAUGCUGUUACUGAACCAAGGACCAGAGGUUUCCACCGUCUCACGAGUCCUUCAGGACAGAAUGGAAGCACAAGG